UUUCGCUUUCGAUUUGCGUUUUGACCGCGUACGUUCGUAUUUUGAUAAGAUAUACGCAAGGUAGCUUGCAAGUAGCAUCCCCUUUAAGUUUGAGGAGAAGUACGGUUGUUCGCUUUAUAGUUCUGACGACAGACAGGGUAGUCUUUUACAGUUUCUUUGUAGCUGUGGUCCUGCGUCACUGCGUAGUCCUUGUAAUCCUGCGUCGCAGAAGUGCAACCUGUCGCGAAACGGAACGCUCGCUUUAUCUUAGUUUUAAGAUAUCGGCGCACCUCAUCUGAUUUCUAGUGACCUGUUGUAUCUGCUCUAUACAUUCGCAGAAGCGGAAAUUAAGUUCUGCGGCACCCAUACGCAAGGUAUGUCGAACGAAAUCAACAUAGACAACUGGGACGCCGUCAACUGGGACGCGAUAAGUACGAUGUGGAUUGACCUCGAAGAGCUCUUGCUGCUUCAGCAGAGGGACGCUGAUUACAAGAGGGAAGUCGACAGCUUGGAACGCAAGAAAUUUCGCUUGGAAGCGCGGUUGAGGGCCGUCAACCUCAAGGUCGAGCAACUUCGAAGAGACUCCGCUCGACAGGAAUCGGCCAUCUUGCGAGACCUGGAACACGAAGCCAAUUCGCUGAUGCAAGAAGUGUCCAAGGCUAAGGAAGAGGCCCGUGCGCUGGAACUGCAGUGCUCGCAAGUCGAAGCGAAGUGCGACGCGCUGGAAAAACAGAACGCCGAACUGGGGAGGACAGCGGCUGGACCUGGAGAGGAGAGUCGAAGAGCUGAAGUUGCAGGACUCCAAUGGCGUCGCCGAAGGAUUCAAGAUGAGAAAGCUGUUGCAGGAACUUCGCUUUGAGGUCGCCCAGCUGGAGCAAGAGCAGCGCGAGCUGUGUGAAGCAGAGCGCCAGUCCAGGGCCCGCGUGGACUCGCUGCUCACCGAGGAGCGUCAGCGCACCGAGAUCAGGCGUCAACUCGAUGCCCACAACGACGAGCUAAAGCUGGCGCUGAUUCAAGCCAGGGCCCGGUCGGCCUGCGGUCCACCACCGGGUCGUCGCCAAGCCAGUCGAUCUGCCAAUGACAGUGGCGCCACCACAAAAGAAGCAGACUUCCGCGUGGCCGGCGUUGACGGCGGCGCCUCGCGGCAGUUACGUCAGCAGCUGGAGCAGACACAUCAGCAGCUGUGGGACCAGAUCGUCAGGGCACGCGACGCGUUCGCUGACCUGCUGAAGAAAGUCGGCUGCCGUGACGCCAGGAAUGCAGCAGUGCAGACAGACCCGGAACCGAACGAGAACCAUUCUGAGCGGCUCGCACCUUAAUUUGAACCUUUAUUUAACCAUUAGCAGUGGCAGUGCAGGGCGCCACUGCCACUGCUGGUUCUCAAAUAAAACGUAUAUACGCAUUGUUAUUUUGAAACUGAAAGCUUUCUUGUUUAAAGGGAUAUAAUA